GCAUUCUUCAGGAAGCAAUCUUUAUGCUGUAACAAUAAAAACGUUGAAGAAUUCUGUAUCACGAUUGAUAAAUUGAUUGGUGUUGGUUAAACUGUGCAUUAUGUAAUUAUGAAAUAACUGAAGCUGAAUAAUCCAAUAACUUACUUUAUACAACAAUCUUCAAGUAUCUUCUGAUAAUUGAAGUUCCAGUUUAUCGAUAGAUAAUUUGACACCUUGUGAGAUCGAACUCUCCAAAUGGAAUUUUGAUUCUUUAAUCAUGGGAUCAUGAGUAAUGAGUUUAUCUAUUUAAAAAUAAAGUGAUUCUGCUUUUUCUUUAAGUCUCUGCUAUAAAAAAUUUUCAUCACGCAUAAUGCUCACAAGGAACCUUAUAGGUACUGUCUUUUACCAUUAGACUUUUUCUAUCUCCAAGUUGGUUUGAAACUCGUUUCCAUUCACCUUCUACCUCGCAAUUUGACCAGCCCUUUUCUAUUUCAGCAAUUUUAUUGUUAUCUCACUCUCUAAUAAGAACUCAGAAUAAGUUCUACUUUGCAUAAAUUAGACAUGAUUUUCUGCAUCUCAUGACGCUCUUAUGUACAGAGGAUGAGAGAGUAAGGAGUAAGUUUAUCAUAAAAUGAUAAUAGUAACAGUUUGUAGCAUUCAACGUUUUUAUUCUAGUUCACUGUGUUUUCUUGUGCAUAUCACGACAAUAAACUGAAGGAUUGAUUGAAAUAACUUGAAAUAAAGUUAAUCAAUGAAAUAAUAGGCGGCAAAGAUGAAAAUUCCAAACACUAUUGUGAUUGCGAUGUUAAAAUGCAUUUGUGUUAAAGCACUGUUGCCCGAACAAUGAAAACCGUUAAAAUUAUUCAAGAAAAUAAUUCCAAGAUAUUCUAGCAGAUUGAAAAUGCUAUGGCUGUCCUCCAAUGAUUUAUUCAGUUUCAGAUGUUCAUACUACGAUAGAAGCUGGUUGUUUAGUUAGUUAGUUAGUAACUGGUUACUUGCUAUUUUAAUUUAUUUUGGUUUGAACAAUUUUUUGGAUGUGUCGUUAUUAUUCUGUGUGAAUGUUGUCAUAAAGAGAAAUAAAAUAAAUUUGAAUAAGUCCCUUGGGAAUUAAAAGUAUAAGACAAAACAAUAAUUUAUAAUAGUAGACAAUUCAUUUUAUUAGAAAUUGUACUCUCCCAGCAAUAUUAGAAGAAAAAAGAAUUAUCUAUAGGCUUACUGGUAAUCUCUAAUAUUUCGAAUUCAAUAUCUUCCAACAAAUUUCAUAAAAUAAGACCUCAUAUUUAUUUUCCUUCAAAUUGUUCUAUUUAUAGUUGUUCAAUCAACUUAUUGAUUGUGGAGCUGGAAUUUGAAGUUUGGCUUGCUUUCAUUCUAGUGAGCAAGACAAUGUUGGUUUAUGUCUUCUAUGCAUGGUAUCUACAUACGCAAAAUGUCAUUGUUUAUAACAGCACAGUAAGAAGACCGGAAUUAAAUUGGUAUAGAGUUUGGAUGCACGGCGCCUGGAUCUUCUUGUUUUGUUUACUUAGCGAAUUCCUUUUAGUCUGGCAGUACUUGGUUGGCGGGGUGGGGAUGUGCCAUAUCGUCAGAACAAAUGCUCAUAGCUCACCAGCUCAGUCAGUCUCAGUAGUUUCAGUACUCAACUGCUACUGAGUACAGUUCACAUUACGAGGACCUACCAUGUUUGAGUGCAAAAAGUGCGGACAGUUUUUUGUUGGCAGGAGCCAAUUGCUUGUGCACUCAGUAAGAGAUUGUUCAGAUUUGGCAACGGCAACUCCAGACAUUGAUGAGGAAGCUGAAACAACAGCUGAUGACGAGGAUGCAGAUCCCAAUUGGUCACCUACACCACUUAGAGAUACCACAAUUUCAUGUUUGACACAUGAUGACAUCGAGUCAUCUCCAAUAACUCAAGAGCAGAUUGAAGAAGCAGCAAUUGUGGAAGCAAUCAUCUGUGCUGAAGAUGAAUAUGGGAUGUCAUCUUGUGACGAAUCAUAUAAAGACUCCAAUUGGAAACCUUUACCACAUGAAGAAAACUCAAUGUAUCAAGAAAAAAGUAGUGGGCCAACUGGUAGUGAUAAAGAGCAUACAGCUCGGAGAAGGCUCUUCACUGACGACAACAAAUCAACUGACAAUGACUCAAAAAGGAAAUUUCUCUUGGAUUCUCUGAAUUCCAAUAUGGAAAUUUAUAAACGCCAGAGAAAGGAUUUGGAGAAAGCUGGGAACACAAGUUCCGCAAGAAGAAAAGGAAGGAGAAUUCUUCAAUAUAAAGAGGCGAUUGAGAAGGUGAAACAUGGAUUGGAGAUUAACAUCGACAGCUUGCCUGACCCGGUUCCAGAUGAGCAACCAGUACAACCAGAACCACAAAUAAAUACCAAUUAUCAGGUGUGUGAACAAACUAUUCAUAAAUAGAAAUUAAUCAUAGUCUAACGUAUGAACUAUUCAUAUAUAUUUUAUUGAAAUGUGAAACAGGAACAAAAGCAGUAAGGUUGUGCAACAGGCUUUUUUCAGGCAGCUAGUUGAAUUUGGGACAUGUCAGUUGAAAAACUAGAUUCUCACAUUCGCCAAUAAAAAAUCAUUGUCUGAAUAUUCCAUCCAGCACUUAUUAAAUUUCAUUGUCUGUGCCUCAUCUAGCAAGUCAUAUUGUGUUUCCAGCAUUUAUUCUCAUUACAUAGAACAUAUUUCAUUUCUGUGAGGUAUUCUCAACAGCAAUAUUGAUAUUGUAAAUUUAUUUGAUGCUAAAUACUAUUCUAUCAUUAUACUAUUAUACUAUUCUAUACUAUUCACUAUCACUAAAUGCUACUUGUAAUUAAAGAGGUUAAGGAAUAAUGAAGUCUGAAAAAUAAUAAAGGCUUCUAAGGGAUAAAUUUCAUUUCAAGUGAUCAUACCAGUGAUUCAGCAUCAUACUGAGCUAUAGUCGGCAUGGCACAAUAAAGUCCCUGUAUAGCAUUGGAUAGCCCGCAAUCCAGGGACUCUCUCGUGCCAUGCAGACUAUAAUAAGUUUGUAAAUAAAUCACCAAUGGAGCUAUCAGGGAGCAGGCCUACUAGUGCAUACUUAAUUAGACUACCAAGCCACAGAGGGCCUGGCCAACAGGUGAAAAUUUACGUUUGACCAACAGGUGAGGCACUGUCGGCUAACAGGUGUAAUGAGCUGUGGACUGCCAGGAUUGUUGCUUGAUAAUCCCGCUAAGACAUAAGAAUGCAGUAUAUGCUUCUUAGAACAUCACUUGUCUACUGACCACAAGCGUAUGCUCUGCAUAGGCUACAGGAAUUUAAAGACUAAGUGUUGCCUAAUUUGCAUUUUGAUUGUAUCCUUGUGACACUGGUGUAUAUUGGUAAUUUAUUGAAAACUUAGAAGUUUCCAUAAAGUGAUGAAAUCAUUGUUGACAAUUAAAAUAUGAGCAUCAUCCACCUGGAAUUGGAAAUAUUAU